UGUGUGUGUGCGUGUCCUGCAGGGGUCUGUGGCACUGUCACGGGGCUGGGAGGCAGCUCCGGUGUCCACGCAGUCAAUUGGCUGCUCUUCUUUUCGACUUCGGUUGCUUCCGGCGUCGCGGCUGCAAGACACGCACGUACACACGCAUGACUCGUCUCCAUAAAUAUGUGUGCACGGUACAUCUGUAGCCAAAGUCCCCGGCUUCUCUGUGAGCAGUCUCUUAUCGGAAUGUUUUGAAGAUUGACGAGGUUAUCGGCGGACGUGCACAUUACUACCAGCGGUGGUGUUGCGUCUCCAGCGGAGAGCCUUAACACAGGCGGCCGGGGCUGUGAGUCGGCGCGACCCGACUGGGAGCAACGAAGCUACCGCGUAGCUGAACCGCGCCACGGUUUUAGGGGACGCAGCCAUGACGGAGAAGCGGAUGUCGCGGUGGUAUUUCGGAGGGCUGGCGUCCUGCGGAGCCGCCUGCUGCACGCAUCCUCUGGACCUCCUCAAGGUGCAUCUACAAACCCAGCAGGAGGUGAAGAAGAGGAUGUUCGGCAUGGCCGUACAUGUGGUGAAGAACAAUGGUGUCCUUGCUCUUUACAAUGGCCUCUCUGCUUCCCUAUGCAGACAGAUGUCCUAUUCGCUGACCAGAUUUGCCAUCUAUGAGACUGUAAGGGACAUGAUGGGCAGCACAAGUCAGGGACCUAUGCCCUUCUACCAAAAGGUCUUGCUAGGAGCUUUUGGAGGUUUUACUGGAGGGUUUGUCGGCACACCAGCAGACUUGGUGAAUGUCAGGAUGCAAAAUGACAUGAAAUUACCUGCAGAACAAAGGAGAAACUACAAACAUGCCAUUGAUGGGCUCUUCCGAGUCUUCAGAGAAGAGGGUUUGAGAAGGCUAUUCUCAGGAGCCACCAUGGCCUCCAGCAGAGGAGCUUUGGUGACUGUGGGACAGUUGGCGUGUUAUGACCAGGCCAAGCAGCUGGUGCUGGGAACAGGAAUGCUGGGAGAUAAUAUGUUCACACACUUUCUCUCCAGCUUCAUUGCUGGAGGCUGCGCUACGUUCCUUUGUCAACCUCUGGAUGUCCUGAAGACCAGACUCAUGAACUCAAAGGGAGAGUACACUGGGGUGCGGCAUUGCUUACAAGAAACGGCGAAGUUGGGUCCCCUGGCGUUCUACAAGGGCCUUGUGCCAGCAGGGAUCCGGUUGAUUCCUCAUACCGUGCUCACGUUCAUCUUCCUGGAGCAGCUCAAAAUAUACUUUGGGAUUCGCAUUGUCUCCUGAGCGUAGCGUUGCAAGCUGUCAUUCAACGGUUCUGCUCUGAUCAUUUCAUGUGAAGAGGAAGGAGGCAAGAGAGGAAGCCAUGUGCUGCCGAGGGAUCGGGCGUCUUGUUCUACCUCUGUCUCAAGGCGAGAAGCUGAAUGGUUUUGGAAAAAAUGAACAGUGCCACAUUUUGCAAGGGAUAAAUACUGGAACAAAAUACUUUUGAAUAGCCACAUUUGAAGUAAAAGGUGAAGAUUAUGAGGGUUAUUGAAAUGGCCUGCUACCUUUUUAGAGAAAAGAUGUGUCCUUUAUGAUUUCAGGUAUGCUGAGACAUGCGGUUUUCACUUGAUUAUUUCAAGCCUCGUCAAUUCCAUUUUAUUGAAAAUGACUAAUUCCAAAGGCCAUCAUUUAGAUCGAGACGACUUAUGAGAUGAGAAGACGAGAGUAGUCAAUUGUUGUUUUAAUAUUGUGUGCCAGGAAGACAAAACAAAAAUGUCAUAUUAGGCCAACACUGGUGUGGGCAUAGAAUCAUACAUAGUAACUCUAACCAAAACGAACACUAACUGAAUCGCUUUUUCCCAUAAGGAAUAAUUUAAAUCCAAUUAAUCCAAAGUAUGUUUUUGUAAUUUACAUUUAUAGCUUCACAAAAAUGUCAUAUUAGGCCAACACUGGUGUGGGCAUAGAAUCAUACAUAGUAACUCUAACCAAAACGGACCCUAACUGAAUUGAUUUUUUCCCAUAAGGAAUAAUUUAAAUCCAAUUAAUCCAAAGUAUGUUUUUGUAAUUUACAAUUAUAGCUUCACAAAAAUGUCACAUUAGGCCAACACUGGUGUGGGCAUAGAAUCAUACAUAGUAACUCUAACCAAAACGGACCCUAACUGAAUCGAUUUUUUCCCAUAAGGAAUAAUUUAAAUCCAAUUAAUCCAAAGUAUGUUUUUGUAAUUUACAAUUAUAGCUUCACAAAAAUGUCACAUUAGGCCAACACUGGUGUGGGCAUAGAAUCAUACAUAGUAACUCUAACCAAAACGGACCCUAACUGAAUCGAUUUUUUCCCAUAAGGAAUAAUUUAAAUCCAAUUAAUCCAAAGUAUGUUUUUGUAAUUUACAAUUAUAGCUUCACAAAAAUGUCAUAUUAGGCCAACACUUUUGUGGGCAUAGAAUCAUACAUAGUAACUCUAACCAAAACGGACCCUAACUGAAUCGAUAUUUUCCCAUAAGGAAUAAUUUAAAUCCAAUUAAUCCAAAGUAUGUUUUUGUAAUUUACAAUUAUAGCUUCACAAAAAUGUCACAUUAGGCCAACACUGGUGUGGGCAUAGAAUCAUACAUAGUAACUCUAACCAAAACGGACCCUAACUGAAUCGAUUUUUUCCCAUAAGGAAUAAUUUAAAUCCAAUUAAUCCAAAGUAUGUUUUUGUAAUUUACAAUUAUAGCUUCACAAAAAUGUCACAUUAGGCCAACACUGGUGUGGGCAUAGAAUCAUACAUAGUAACUCUAACCAAAACGGACCCUAACUGAAUUGAUUUUUUCCAAUAAGGAAUAAUUUAAAUCCAAUUAAUCCAAAGUAUGUUUUUGUAAUUUACAAUUAUAGCUUCACAAAAAUGUCAUAUUAGGCCAACACUUUUGUGGGCAUAGAAUCAUACAUAGUAACUCUAACCAAAACGGACCCUAACUGAAUCGAUUUUUUCCCAUAAGGAAUAAUUUAAAUCCAAUUAAUCCAAAGUAUGUUUUUGUAAUUUACAAUUAUAGCUUCACAAAAAUGUCAUAUUAGGCCAACACUUUUGUGGGCAUAGAAUCAUACAUAGUAACUCUAACCAAAACGGACCCUAACUGAAUCGAUUUUUUCC